AUGUCAAUUAACGACACGUUAUUGAUAGAGUGUGUUCGUGCGCAUCCCGAAAUAUACGACAAGGGACAUGCCGGAUUCAAAAAUUCCGGCAUAAAAGACUCCGCAUGGAAGAUUGUUGGCGAAACAUUGAAUGCAUCAGCGACAGAUUGUACGGCCAGGUGGCAUACUCUUCGCGAGAGAUUCGCGAAAGAAAAACGUAUUUUUGAGCAGGAGGGGAAGUCUGGAGCAGCAGCCUCAACCCGUCCAGAAUGGGCCUUAUAUAGUGUUAUGUCAUUUCUGACACCGCACAUUAGGAAGAGAAAAUCUGUGGACAAUUUUCAAACAAAGGCGUUGGUAUCUAAAACUACACCUUCACCAGAUGAAGAAAUAAUAAUAAAUGAGCAAGCUGUGGACAUUAAUAGCGCACCCUUUAUAAUUUCUACCUGUUCUACCCUCUCCUCGCCUGGCUGUAGCUCAUCAGCUGCUAAUAUGCCUUAUUUGGGACCUACAAGUCGUAAGAGGUCAAAGGUGGACGAAACAGAUGAAUUGUUCAGAGAGACUCUUACUAAUUUAAAUAAAUCUAUGGCUGUAGCCAGUGCUCCUACUCCACCACUAUCAUCACCACCUUCAAUUAAUGAUCCAGACAAGGAAAUUUAG